AUGCAUUACUUACCUCUUAUACCAAGGUUAAAGAGGUUGUAUGCAUCAAUGAGCCCUGCUCCUCAUAUGAGAUGGCACUACGAACAUAGAAGGCCACCUGGUAUACUCUGCCAUCCGUCAGAUGGAGAAGCGUGGAAGCAUUUUGAUAGGGUGUUCCCCGAGUUUGCUAGUGAACCAAGAAACAUUAGGUUGGGAUUAUGCACAGAUGGAUUUACUCCAUUUGCUGUCUCUGCUGCACCAUAUUCAUGUUGGCUGGUGUUUGUUACUCCAUAUAAUCUUCCGCCGGAGUUCUGUAUGACAAGUCCAUAUCUGUUCCUAACUUGUAUUGUUCCAGGUCCACGCAAUCCGAAAAGUUUGAUUGAUGUAUAUUUGCAGCCUUUGAUUGAUGAGUUACAAUUAUUAUGGCAUCAAGGUGUGGAAACAUAUGAUAUAUCAACCAAACAAAACUUCAGAUUGCAUGCUGCUUUGAUGUGGACUAUAAAUGAUUUUUCUGCUUAUGGAAUGUUGUCCGGGUGGUCGACUGCUGGAAAGUUAGCUUGCCCUUGUUGUAUGGAAGACACUAAAGCAUUUACUUUGAAAUGUGGAGGUAAAAAUACAUGGUUCGAUUGCCACCGUAGAUUCUUGCCAAUGAAUCAUGAAUUUAGGCGAAAUACAAGUGCAUUUAUGAAGAACCGAACUGAUUUUGAGGAGCCACCGGCCUGCUUGUAUUCAGAAGAAAUUCGGAACAGAGUAAGGGAUAUGCUUAAAGUAACAGAGUCUCCACCAUCUAAGAUACCAGGUUAUGGUGUCACACACAACUGGACUAAACGGAGAAUAUUUUGGGAAUUACCUUAUUGGAAGCACAAUCUUCUUCGGCAUAAUCUGGACGUCAUGCAUAUCGAGAAGAAUUUUUUUGACAACUUGUUUAACACUAUUAUGGAUGUUACUAACAAGACCAAAGAUAACUUGAAGGCAAGGAUGGAAUUAAAGGAAUAUUGUAGGCGAAGUGAGUUGUAUCUGACAUACUUUAACAACAAGAUACAGAAGCCCAAAGCCAGUUACACGUUCAACUUGGAUGAGAGAAAAGAGAUUUGUAGUUGGGUUAACAAUUUGAGGAUGCCUGAUGGGUACGCAUCAAAUUUAUCCAGGUGUGUUGACAUGAAAGAAGGGAAGUUGGCGUCAAUGAAAAGCCAGGAUUGUCAUAUUUUCAUGGAAGCGUUGAUGCCUAUUGCGUUCAAUGCAAUGCCUGAUAGAAUAUGGAAACCGAUUACAGAAAUAAGUUAUUUUUUCAAGGAUUUGUGUUCUAGCACAUUGAGGGUGGAUAACUUAAUUUAUAUGGAGAGUAACAUUAUCUUAACUUUAAACAAGCUGGCAAAAAUUUUUCCUCUUGGUUUUUUUGAUGUAAUGGAACAUCUUCCAAUUCACCUUGCACAAGAGGCAAGGCUUGGAGGGCCAGUUCAAUGUAGAUGGAUGUAUCCCUUCGAGAGGACUAUUGGCAAAUGUAAACGGACCAUAAAAAAUAGAUCAAGAAUUGAAGGUUCGAUAUGCGAGGCAUAUGUGGCUAAAGAAACAUCUUAUUUCUGUUCAUACUAUUUUGAACAUGAUGUGCCAUGUUUGAGAAAUAGACCGAAUCGGCAUGAUGAUGGAGGCGAAAUCGAUCCUUUGGCACCACCCUUUUCCAUUUUUAAUCAACCAGGUAAAGGAGGUCCAAAAAAUUGUCCAAAGCGAAGGUUGUCUGAGAUGGACCUAAAGUCAGCUACAACACAUAUAUUGUUAAAUUGCCCUGAGGUCCAACCUUAUUAUAGUUACUUUGUGGGUACAUAUGGGCAAGAUGUUGUUUAUCUCAAGUUUUCAGAGUGGUUUAAAGAAUUUGUUCAUGAUCCAGCUAAUGGCAUUAAAGACCCAUUUUUACGUGAUAUAGCUUGGGGACCUGACCCUAGAGUAAGAAUGAUGUCUAAAUACGUGGUCAAUGGGUACAAGUUUCAUACAGAAGAAUGGUCUAAUGGAAAGAAAACCAACAAUAGUGGGGUGUGGGUGAAAGGUGAGGGAGAUGUUGAUUAUUAUGGUGUGCUUCAAGAGAUUUUGGAAUUGGAGUAUGCUGUAGGUUGGCCGAAGAAAAAGUUGGUACUCUUUCGAUGUAAAUGGUAUGAUCCAACACCGAAUAGAGGUACAAAGGUGCACGCUCAAUACAACAUAGUUGAAAUUAAACACACGGGGCAAUAUAGAGUUUAUGGUCCCUUUAUCAUUGUACAAAAGGUGAAACAAGUGUAUUAUGCUCCUUAUCCUUUGAGCAAGAAUAAGUCUGCAUGGCGAGUAAUUUUGAAAACAAAUCCCGUGGGUAGAGUGGUAGUCGAAGAUGCAUUAGAUGUGGCGUACCAGAAUGACAUUUCAAAUGUUGAAUCAAUAGUGGAUGAUGAAUUAGCAGAUGAAUUGCAGCAUAAUGAAGGGAUAUAUGAAGAAUUUGAUCCUUCUGUCCUUGCUACAAAUGAGGACGAAGAUAGAGGUGUAGAACAUGAAACAAGUGAUGAGGAAGGAUUACAAGAUGAAAGUGAAACAGGCAAUGAUGAAGACUUAGAUGAUUACUAUGAAGAUACAGAUGAAGAUUAA